AUGGGUAAAAUCGAGUGGGCCAUGUGGGCCAAUGAACAAGCUAUAGCAUCUUCUGCAGUUGUGUUAUUAGGAGGAAUUAUUGCUGUAGCAGGACAGUUCCCCAACUGGCCGUUUGGUGCUUAUGGAAUAGUAGCAGGAAUAUUGGUGGCACUGUUGGAAUAUCCCAGAAGUAAAAGACAGAAUGGAAAAUGUGUAGAAAGAAAAUUUCAGAGACCAUUGAGCCGAGUUGUUCAGUGUUGUGGUUUAAUAACCAGAAAUUAUUUUGUUAGAUUUGUCUUCUAUCUCUUGUUAACUGUACCAUGUUGUUUUAUUCUACCAACGUUAUUAGGAGGAAUGUGUUUUUUUAUUACUAGUAUUAUAUAUUUUGUGGCAGCCAUAAAAGGAGAAGAAUGGAAGCCAGUUCUGGAGGAUUAUAAACCCUCACAGGGCCCCACUGUGAUAGAAGCCCCUAGACAUCCACCACCAAGACAUCCU